AUCCAGAGUUGCUUUAUAUUGGGUAAUCCAUCUCUGGAUAAACAACCGGCAUAUUCACAAAUAAAAUUUAUUAUACUUAUUGAAGCUUUCAGUUUAAAAUUAACUUUCGUCAAGUACGCAUCUAAUUUGUUUGAGAAAAAUGGCACCAGCUCUUCAGAAACCAGCACCAGCAUUUAAGGGAACUGCCGUUGUUGACGGAAGUUUCAAGGAAAUCUCAUUGUCUGACUUUAAGGGAAAAUACCUCGUCGUUUUCUUCUAUCCAUUAGACUUCACUUUUGUCUGCCCAACUGAAAUCAUUGCAUUCUCUGAACGCGUCCAAGAAUUCCGUGCCAUUAAUUGCGAAAUUGUUGGAGUCUCAACUGAUUCUCAUUUUACUCACUUGGCCUGGAUCAAUACACCUCGUAAACAAGGUGGAUUGGGAAACAUCCAAUAUCCCUUACUAGCUGACAAGUCUAUGAAAGUUUCACGUGACUAUGGUGUAUUGGAUGAAGAGUCAGGCAUACCUUUUAGAGGUCUCUUCAUCAUUGAUGGCAAAUCUAACCUUCGACAGUAUACUAUGAACGAUUUACCAGUUGGAAGAAAUGUAGAUGAGGUACUUCGUUUAGUGCAGGCAUUCCAAUUCACCGAUGAACAUGGUGAAGUUUGUCCAGCUAACUGGAAUCCUAAGACUAACAGCGCAACAAUGGUUCCAGAUCCAACUCGAUCAAAGGAUUAUUUUGGCUCCGUCAACUAAGCAUUUUUUGAUUCAAAUUUUACAUCUUUCUAAACACUAUCAAUUCGUACACUCCCAUAAUGCUAUUCAGGCAGGCAACUUUCGAUGUCGAAGUAAAACACCUUUUUUGAAUCUAUCUGAGUCAGUAUUCCACUGAAGUUUAAAUAAAGAGGAACAACAUAAUUUCUUUUAAAAAUUCAC